AUGGCGAAAAUGGCAUUUCAACACCAGGCUGGAACAGCUAUGGAGUGUCUUAGUAUACCUAUAACACUCCAGAAAGAAGCCGGUGUUGACUCAGAAGGAAGAGAAGUUAUGAAAUGUGGUUUUAAAAUUGGCGGUGGAAUUGACCAAGACUUUCGCAAAAGUCCACAGGGAUAUACAGAUAAUGGUAUAUAUGUGACUGAAGUGCAUGAAGGAAGCCCUGCUGCAAAAUCGGGAUUGAGAAUGCAUGACAAAAUACUGCAGUGCAACGGAUAUGACUUCACGAUGGUGACACAUAAAAAAGCAGUAAGCUAUAUAAAGAAACAUCCUAUCUUAAACCUAUUAGUUGCAAGAAAAGGUGUAACAUCUACAUAA